CCAUACUUUUUGAGUCGCUCUCUUUUUCCACUUCCUGAUUUCUCCAAUUUUUUUGUUUCUUUAAUCAAAUAUAAAAGUUCAUUUACCUCUUGUACCACAUCACACCAUAAACAAACCCUUACUAAAACACACAAAGCAUUAAUACACAAAUCUUAGGCAUGAACAAGGCGACAGAUCUAAUCACACAUUGUUUCAAUAGAUCUGUAGCGGCGAGGUUUAAGAGUUGUCACUAUGCCGUUUGUUUCUCCUGGAGUUCGUACCAGACUUCAAUUAGUGUGGAUUAGAGUACCUUCAUAAAUUUGAACAAGGUAUGUGUAUAUGUUCGGUGGUUAUGGUGAGUUGGAGGGAUGAAUGUUAAAGGAAGUAGACGAUGAGGGUAUCAAAAUUUGGUCAAACUUAAAAAAUCGAUGGCAACUAAGCUUUGUACAAAAGGGGCUGGAGUAGAGAGAGCUAGGUCGUGACGUCAUAGAUGUGAAAGUGCGUUAUGCUCAUAUCUUGAACAUUACUUGCUGCCACAUAGCAAUCAGCUUGUUUUGCUGAUUAAGGAUGGGUGCAAGAUAAAGUUUAAUGGUUUUUCUAAUCAGCCUGAACAGUUUUUUUAAAAAUGUUUGUAAGAUAGCACGAAUAAAUAAUGAAGAUGUCCGAAUCAGAGGUGAGCAACCUGUUGUCACUUAUAAGAGCACUCAAACACUACCUUUAUGUGGCAGUUUUACUCUUGAACUCUAUCUUUCAUUUUUGCGGAUUUAUUGCUCGGUUGGUAUUUUCAAAAUCCAAUACAGCAAGAUAGCCCGUGUUUUUGUUUUACUUAAGUCCAAGAUUCAUACCUUUGUUGUUAUUACCUUUCAUCCUUUUACCAAAAAUGGGAAAACCGUGCAGUCACAUAUUGUGAUAAAGUUUUAUUCUGGUGAUAUAGUGAAAAGUACAUUGGUGAUGAAUCGGGACUUGUAUGCUACCAAAUACAAAGACAAGUUAGAACUGGGAUAUAAGUUUCUGGGUAUCCAUUGAGUGCAGCAUACUACAUCUCGAGGAUUACAAAUGCUUUGGACCGCAAACAUAAGAUUCUAUGAGCGAAGAAUUUUAGGGACAGUUUGGUUCGCAGAAUGUUUUUGAAGAGAUUGGAAUUUGACAAAGGAACCGGAAUUUGAAAGAAUUGAAAUCUGAAAGUUUUUAAAAUUUGGCUUGUGUUUGGUUAACAGAAUUCAAUGAAAUUCAGUUAAAAGAAUUUGAUAUACAUUAUGUCAAAUGACAAAAUUAACCUUUAAUAUUAAUUUUUUAAAAUAA